AUGGACGAUCCACGUGGUACACGGCUAUAAACAAAUAAUUUUAGUCUUUUAGACAAAGAGAACCCAGCAGUUUCAAAAUAUCAACUAGGUUAGCCCUAUUUCGAAAUCGCAUAUUUUACAUAGCCGCUGAGUUAUAUGAAGCUAAUCAGGCCCAACAGGAAGAAAUAGAAAAGAAGGUCUGUGUACGGUUUCUUACGUUUUUGAAGAUCAAGGAAAGUGGGCCGCUAGUGACAGAAGUUUUGCCGUUGUCAACGCUUUCUGUGGACUUCAGUGGACACGAUGUUUAUCUAGAGAAACUUGAGGUAAUCGGUCCCACCUACACUUCAUCCCUCUAUAAGAGUUAACUAUUUAUUUAAAUACGGUUUUUUAGGAUAUAACCAUAAAACAAAGCCAGAUCGAAUUUGAUUUAUUCUAACCAAUGUUAGUACUUAAGUGUUGGGAGUCAUUGAGAAAGGAUGAACGGAAAGGUUUUUUCGUUCCUCGUAUUUUUGUGAAUUGCUGGCUUCAUUUCGUUACAUUAUGCUUUGUAAGUUAGGGGGACUCUUCGGCCUGUAUUUUCUGUUUGGGUAGUUUAUGAGAAAUCUCUUAAUGCCGUACUUAUUUUCCCACAAUCCUCUCCUUACUUAUACACGAUCGUAAUCUACUACUUAAUCAAUAGCAUAAUCGAACGCUUGAGAUGGUUUCGCAUUCGUCAGGUUAGCUUCUUUUUAUAAUAUUUAUGAUGGCGAAACUUCACCUGCAAAAUAUUUGCGUGCCCAUUUUGACCUUACGAAAAGAGCCGACCGCAAUUUUAGGAAUUUUCUCGACAACCACAGGACCUAACUCUACCUAAGUUGUUUGCGGUCACCACCGCAAAUUACCGACUCGAGUACAUCAUUACAAUACUAACAGACGCGGCCCUAUCAUGGCUUUACGACUGUAUUCUAAGAUGCUUUCCUACAGGCAGACCUUUCCUUUGAGUUGUGUUCAGCAAACCUUCGUUUUUUGGCCAUGUUCAGCUACUCAAAGAACUGUACGUUGGCAUCAGACGUGUUCGACGCGAUGGGAACUGCUGUUAUCGAGCGUUCGGUUUUGCGCUCAUUGAGUAUUUUCUGAAGAAUAACAAAGCGGAGGAAGCGAAACGGUAUGCUUUCAACCGACGAUUCCGAUUGACUCCUUCCUUCUUCUAUUUGCUCUGGGGGUGUUUGUGUUAAAAUGUGUGGCAUGAUAGACAUCAUGUAGCACCUCCGGUUUUCCUUUCUCAUCCCUGGUUUUUGAUCACAACCUGAGUCUUUUUUUAUCCUUCCGAAUCCCCUUGUCACUUAGCAACUUCUAGGAUAGUAUUUGGCCCUAUGACACAACUACCACUUACUAAUUCGCCUGCUGCUUACUUAUCCGGGAGACCAUUUACUUCUAAAGACAAGUUUUAAAUUAAGUUCUGUCAUCGAAGGCCCUACAAGUCUGCCUCAGACUCCGCUAUAUUAUGCUUUCUGCCAGAUCAAGCAAAAGACCAUGCUUUUCUUGAUGGGUUAUUCAGUCUUAUCUGCUCGGCUUCUAAAGUAAAUUUUCAUAUCACAGCAUUGCCCAUCAGGUACAUGUGGACAGUUCGUUAGUCCACCAUUUUGUCUUCUUAAUACGUGUGAAAUGCAAGGGUUGCUUGCGUCCGGUCAUCUGUACCCUGGGAAUACUACAUAAAAAUGUCUGCGCAAAUAACUGCAAUAGUGGUCGGCAUACUUGGAUGCGUUGAUAUUUUGUUCUGGGGAACGUGCGUUUACUACACUUAGUCCUUCUUGCCUACAUUGAGCCAGAAUAGAGGGAAAAUGUAAAAUUUUUAUGACGGCUGGAGUGAGACUAGGUAAGCAAAAUCUUGAGACUCAUUCACACAUUACCUUCAACCGCGGUCAGCUGUACCAUGUCUUUGACUCAAACUUUUCAUAAACCGCUAUCUAAUGUAGUCAUCUCAGCUCUACCCUAGCUAAAAUUUUAUGUUAAUUAAAUAUCAUUAUCAUCCGACUCAUUUCAAAUUUGGAGCUAGGCGGUCAGGCAAUAGUAUUGAUAAAAACGACGACAAGCCCAAUCACCUGCCCUAGCUCGACUGAAAGAAACCCAAAAUUUAGUUGACACAAGUGCGUUUCUCCGAACUAUGGACCGGAAAAUGUCAAAAGGCUCUUUGAAUAUCCUUUAUUGAUUCUUACAGCAAACAUUGAGUCACACGUCAUCCGCUCUCACAGCCAACUGAUGGGGUAUCUUGAUCCUACUCUGGACCGACGGUCAGUCUGUAAUGGUACAUUAGUGCUGUCUUCGGGAAACACCCGCUUCUGUGAGACCCAAGGCACACCUUUAAAGGAGCCUGACACAUGUGAAGUUGGGGACCAGGUCGUGUAUGGUGUGCUUACAGGGACCGUUUAAUUUUUUUCAGUGUCUGCGCCUACCGGUUGUCUUGUCACUGAUUUGCCAUGGAGAGAUAGUGACUGCGGGAAGAGAGAGAGAGAGAAGGGUAGAUACAGCAGAAGUCCUCUUCUUUCCUUGCAAGAUCGGACUUAUGGGACGGUGAUAAACCUCAUUUUUAGCGACGAUCGGACUGUCGUGCCCUCAAGACCUAUACAACGCUCGGAGGGAUUUGAUUAGCGGUGUUUACGUUCACUUUUCCCCUAAAUCGCGUUUGAAGAUCUAUGAAGAUCUACUGGUUACUCGACGCGGAACUCAAUCCGUCAACUGCGCUAUGCUCAAGAACCGAAAGGGGGCCCGGCCAUGUCUUUCUCCAUCCUGCCGGCCAAAUAGUCUGGAAUAUCAUCUCGCACGAACUCGGUCCUCGCUACCGAUAGCUUUGAGGUGACAGGCAAAAUACCUGGGUGAACGCGGCGAAAGCUAGUCUUGAAAUAGUCUUGGACUAGUCUUCAAACUUACUCUGUCAGUUUGCUGCGGACCCACCGCAGCAGAAAAUGUGAGGCUGAUGAGUUAGUCAUCGCCGCACUCCGGAAGUUGCUUAAAUAAACUUUUUGGACCACGGUGUCUAUAAUCACAUAAUUUUCGUUUUCCGAACCCAUCUUAGCGCCCACUGUCUUCCCUUUGUCAGGUUCAUGCGGUGCUGCGAUAAGUGUAGAGAUACACUAAUUGCUAAUGGAUACACCCAGUUCACCGUAGAGGACUUUCAUGAGCAGGUAGGUUUUCUUACUUGUUCUUUGCUCUUGCCUUUUCUGCGUUAGAGCGCCCACUUUCAAAAUGCAGAAUCAUGGAUGAUGGCUUUGUAUUAUUGCUUUCACGUGUAGAACAAGAGGCUUUGCGAGUGAUUAUGUCCGACGCCAUAAGUUGCAUACAUUCGAAAUUUUGUUAGGCAGCGACCCUCGCAGCUGAUAACGGUCAUUAUGAUGCAACUGAACUCGAAGUGCACGUGGCCAAUCAAGAUUGAGACUUUCUUCAGGCUUUUUGUUUUGACAUUCACAGAAUUGUGUCACAAAAGCCAAAACACAUUCGCUCAUUUAGCGCUUUCUAUCAGUGUCUUCCGCCUGGUUAUGCGGAAAAAAUGAAGGUCUGGGCUUAGAGGCGUGACAUAACAUUUGUUGCCAAAACUGUUUGUUCUUACCGUAGCCUCAUUUGUAAUUACCGAUCUGUUGGGCUACAAGGGCCGAUAUAACGAAGACAGGAUUAUGCAGAUCUGCCAAAAGCCUAUCAAGUACGGAUAAUAUGAUGGAACUAAGAGGUUAACUGUUCUUGUCUUUGUUGACCCGUUUGUUGCAUGUUGCGUGCAUUGUGGUUGACUUUUAACCGUUUUUGUUUUGUUAAUUUUGUGGCAUUUUUCCUCCUCAGUUCACCGAAAUGGUAGAGCAGUUCAUAUCGGGCAAAAACAGUUUGGUCGAUCUGGAAGAAUUAUUCAACAAUCAGUCCUACUCGGAUUACUAUGUUGUCUUUUUGAGGUAUGUGAUUUCGUCAUUUUCCGAGAGUAAAUGCUAAUCACCGUCGCUGCUUUCCGUGCGUGGGUCCGCGAACGCCCCCAUGUUUUUUAGCUGCCCGUUUGAAGGUAACCAACGACCAAUUAAGAACUGUGACCUCAGCACUACGGAGGAGACAGUAAAUGCUUAGGUGCUUAACUUCACGACUUUCUUUUUAUAAUGAUAAAUUAUGAUUUAAACGCUUUUUUCCUGUCAAGUGGAAAGUGUGUUGCCGGUUUAGAAACGCUGAUAGUGUAAACACAUCCAGUCGCCGCCGACUACAUCCGCUCUUUAUGAGUGUUUAGUAAACAUCGCAUUUCGAAGGCACGAGAACGUUAUGAAGCGACACUAUUUUUAUGAUCAAAGCUAUGAGAAAUAGGGGAAGUAAGUGUUUGAUCAUGCAGUAGCGCACCUUUAACACUCGAAUCCGAACUGUUUUUCAGAAAAAAAACACUUAAACAAAUGCUUGCCCCCAAACAUUUCCUAAACAAGACGCGACUUUCUAAAAAGUGCUUAUGGAAAGCAAUUUCUAUUAAAUACUUUCGAAAUAGUACUUCCCCUACGUGACUCUUGGAAGUAAGAAAAAUUAACGCUACUGGACUUGUUUCCAUCGGGGAAAGAUUACCGGGUGCACGUCGACUUAAUCAGAGGCCGCCGCAGCAUCUUGUCUACGUUAAUUUUGGAAUGAUGCAACUAUCUCAUACCAGCUCAGAUAUUGCCAGUCAGAAGAAAUUUAAGGAUGACAUCGUUUUGUGCGGUUAGGUUGUUAUUACAGUAUCUGUUCCACCUCGUGAAAUGUUAACCGAAAUUUUGAAAUAUAUUUUCGAUUAUAAAACAUAGCUUUGGCGGGGUUAUGAUAUUUAUUAUCGUGCAACAUCCUCCCAAGAUAUUUCAGUCACUCCAGGUUUCCGUACUUCUCAGGGAACUUCUUUCUGGACGUCUGUUAGUCACUUUUGGUAAACGAUGACUUCUACAGUAGUGUGAAUUUCCCCGAUUGAUUUUCAAUGUCCCUGUAAACUCGAAUAUAGAAAGCACUCACGAAAGUAUUCUCUCUUGCUCUCAUCUGGUAGCGGAUUACGUCUUCGGACUUUUUACUUGAAGAGAGGGUAUCCUUAGGUUUUAAAAGUUCGUAGUUAUGAGAUUUUUUAGACUGCGUAAUGUCCAUUCAUACAGCAUCACAUAUGUACGCUUAUUAACGCUGUUUAUGAAGUACAGUGACCCCUCCUCAAUGUCUAAUAUUGCGUCCCAGAACCCGCCCGCGAAAAGUGAAAAUCUGUGAAGUAAAAACGCAAUAUUCUUAUGGUUAUUUUUGCAUAUUUUAAAUCCUUAUAGACCCUCCCACCCUACAAACAUUUCUCACGCAGUUAUACAACACAAACCCUUUAUAUUCUUUUGGCUGUUAAGUAAGAUUCGUUGAAGUCGUGUAUGGAAACACACUAUUUGUAUACCACGCACUUCAGUUUUAAACGCAUUAUAACAAUACAUUUUUUAAUAAAAAUAAUUUUAUAAGCACAACACCUUUACACAUCGAAGCUGAAUGAGCGAUACGAGAUGAUGGCUAACACAAAGCUGUAUCUAAUGCUGUUCUCCUUCGUUGAGCCAAACAGCGCCCAGAAUACUUAACCGCAUUCUUCUGAUUGCGUAACUUUCCCGCCAUCCGCCAGUAGCGUCCCCUGUGUAAGUCAAGUGGGCAAACCAACUGAGGAAGCAUGUACCAGAAAAAAAUCAUUUCCAUAGAAAUCUACGAUACAUAAUUAGAUAUGCUAGCAUUCAUAGUGACCCAACUGUGAAAAACUCGGCGUCUCGGUGGGAUUCGAACCCACGCAGUAAGGGGAAGGCUUUAGUACAGCCAAAGCUCUAACCACUUGAACUACGAGGUCUCGCCGGACGACGCGAGUUUAAUCACAUUUGGGUCAUUUUUAUAGAAAUCCACGAUACAUCUUGAGAUAUGCUAGCAUGUAAAAUUCGCAGCAGUCGAGGCGCGAUAUGACGAGGGAUUACUGUAUACAACAUGGUCUACAUUCGCUUUGACGUCUUCUUAAUGACUUGGGAAGGUAAUUAGUGUUCCCUAACGGAACCUAUACAGCAUGUAGUUUCGAGACCAUAAAUGCAAGUACAACUGCGGAUGGAGUUUAGAAGUAUUCGGUACUUGAACAGUUUUUUGGACCGUAAGGUGCGAUUUUUUCGAGCAUAGCAUAUGAAGCAGACAACUUUCUAUCAAGCGAGUGCAUGCUAUCUAUAAAGUGUUUUUGAAUUUUUAAGGCUAUUGAAAAUUAAUGAACAAAACUCAUAGCAUAUAAGUGGUCAUAUUUACUGUGUGUAGUUUCUUCAGGCGGCCAGAAAAAGUGUAUUCAAAAGUUGGCUUCCCGGCGUGACUGAAAUAUCUUUGGAUUAUGUUACACUACAGCCAAUUUUAUAACCCCACCCAAGUAAUCCAUUCUAAUGAAAAACACAUUUCGGGAUUUCGGUUACCAUUUCAUGGGAUAGGCCAGGUAAUGUAGACCCGAAAAAGUGCAAUUGCACGAUAUUGUUCUAGAAAGUAUUUGAAAUAUUGACACAUGACUGUAUUAACGCCAUAAUGUUUCGUCGUAAAAUUGUGCUACAGAAUCGGUGGAUCCAAACUGUAGGAUGUUGUUGCCAAGCAGGACAUUGCCCCUCUCGGUCUCAUUAACCACUGGUAAAUCCUGCCAGAGUUCAUGGACCGUAGCCACUCGGCCAUCCGAGAACCGAGUUAAGUCAAGACCUGCCCGCCAGCGUUUACACAGGGCGGUUGGGUGGAGGAAUAAGCGCCCGUAGCACCUUACUUCGGAGAAGGACAUCCCCACCCACCGUUUCCACAUAUCACAUAGAGUUUCAUAAUUGCCGGGCGGCGCAAGGGGAAAAUUCUGUGGAUGAUGGUCAUUACUCAUCUUACUAUACCCUGUGGCCUUUUCAUGAACAACCGAUGUGCCAGAUUGGUGCUCAUUCACGUGGUCAGGUCUUACCAUUGCACGGUCGCAAUUAUUUACUCCCUGGGGCCCAGUUUUCCUUUGCCGAGUGCCGAUCCACUAUCCGCAUCUUUAGAUGCUCCGGGUGGCUCCUUGAUAGCAGACAGACGCUGUCACCCGGAGACAACUUUGAACCCGCCGACGAGGAGCGAUCAAGUCCUUUUAACUGCUCUCCCCCUAUCUCCCCUCCUAUAGACUCCUCGUUUCGGCUUACAUACAGCGGCAUGCUGACUUCUACGCCAACUUCAUUUCUGAGGGCAAGACAGUUCGGCAGUUUUGUGAGACAGUGAGUCACAACCUCUGUGAUGCCCUCUUCCUCAUUUUUACUCCCGCUGAAAAGUAGAUUCUGGUGUUUGCUUGCUGUUGCUAAAUAGUUGGCCAUUAAAGUGGAUGCUCUUCAGAUUGGAUCAGGGCCCACGCCUUGCUGGUUGCUAUGUGAUGUUCGCCGAAUGCUCCUUCUGUUUUGCUCUGGGGUUUCGAUCUAUUGUCUUUUUAGACGGUCGCGGAGACUGAUUGAAUGACAGUUAAUCCUAAAAAAUUGAUAUCUAAAGGAGCACAAGAAACAGUGUAUGUUUGUUUCAGUGUAGUUGACUUGCUGACAGGGUUUGCUUCACUACGUCAGUCAAUUAAAAAAACUGAAAGCCGACGCCGACCGUUUACGAUGAUCGUGCUACACGCAGGACUCGUUUUUGACUCUGAAAUUUGUCUUUCUUUAAAGCCGGCUUGUAUUUGUUCUGUUCGUGGUAAAAAUCUGACUGCCUUUGCUAGCCACAGAGCGCUAGCCCGCAUCGGGUAUAUGGGAUACGUCGGUGUAUGCUUUUCCAGAAGUGUUGUCAACAAGGACGACAGACACUGGAGUGGGCAUUUCUAGCUCGCUUCCCGUAGUCAGUCAUGCCCCAACUCCAGAUUCUGAUGUACGCGAGCUUCGAACUCGGACCAGGCAAAGUGGUAAUGCUCACGUGUAUACCUAUCAGGAUAAGUCGGUGGCCCCCACACUCAUGUGAUCAUGCAUGAGUUCCUUUUUCGAGAAUGCAUCACCGUCCACGGCAAACAAUACUAACCCUUUUUAGCAGGCGCUUUCUGAGGUUUGAACAAGGCAAGGGCGACAAAACAUGCAGAAUUUACUGACGUCAUAAAUUUCGUGACCUCUUAUUUAACUGCACGCGGUCAUUGCGUAUUUAUAAGAGAAGGCAAACUGUUCAGAGAUCGACCUAGAGAGAGGAAACCUGAUAGGUAAGAUGAAACAUGAAUUGCUGGUCUGGUAUGGGGCUAUGCAUGGCGAGGGGGGAGGAGGGGGAGAGACUUCGGUGCACAAAUGAACGCACGUAUGCCGCCUCUAACUUGUUGUUCAUAAACACUACAACAGCCAUUCCAGUCAAACCAACUAAAGACAUUCUGCCUAUGCACGCCACAUCAAACUGUAUUCACGAGUUUACAUGUAGUUGCGGAUGCGAAUACAUUGGGCGCACGCAGAGGCAGCUGGGUCAGCUGAACACAUGCCGAAGUAGCUGUUAAAGGUGGAGAAUAAGGUACCCAGGAGCUCAAUUACGAAGCACCUAGUGGACACGGGCCAUACGGUGUACUGAAUGGUUGCAUUUAAGGUCCUUCUGGCAACGACUCUUGCGCUUCGCAGAGGCCGCUGCAAUACGGAGGACGAAACCAGGACUCUGUAAGCAGCUGGAUCACGUGAUAAACUUCGCACUGCCGUGGUAAGGGUCGGUAAUAGACGUAACUCCAUCCACAUAUCCGUCCUCUCACUCCCCCCCCCCGCUCCCCAGCAUGACUAACUGCCCUCCCGUGCGUUGCAGUUUUAAUCACGCACUGUAACCCGAACUCGCGCGCUUAGAUGACUUCUCCCCCCACGCCAUGCGCAGCCCCAUACCAGACCAGCAAUCCAUGUUCCAUCUUGCCUAUCGCGUUUCAUCUCUCCAGGUCGAUCUCUGAACAGUUUGCCUUCUCUUGUAAAUACGCAAUGAUCGCGUGCGCUUAAAUAAGAGGUCACGAAAUUUAUGACGUCAAUAAAUUCUGCAUGUUUCGUCGCCUUUGCCUUGUUCAAAAUUAUUCCGGUAAAACAGUGUUUCAACUUUCUGAGAUGGGUUUGCGUAUGGUAUCCGUUGAAGUCCUAGCUUCUAAAAAUUCCGUUGAUGUGAACAAAGGUAGGCGUUCCCGGGCCUUGACAAGAAGGGGUUUCGAGGAGUUCCUCGUUACUCUUCCCGUCACCGAUGUAACAUUUUUGACUUUGAAACUUCAAGGUAAAAAGCAUCAAAGCAUUCAUCUCUUCAAUUCCCUUAUCUUCUUUAGCGCCUCGGGCCUCACUUCCGUCACCCGUUUUGCAUUAACCCAACGCUCCCAUCUUUCACACAUCACCUACCGCCAUUUGUAUUCUCGUAGGAAGUGGAGCCGAUGGGUCUACAAUCAGACAACGUCCACGUUGCCGCUCUUGCUCUCGCCACGGGUGUGCCUAUCUGUGUUGAGAACUGUCAGGUCUCGGGGGGGCUGAACAAACUGGUCUUUCCUGCCACCCUAUCUUCCACCGACGCCGCUACCACUGAGGGCCACGCAAUGAAUGGCACCAGCGCCACUUCCACCGCCGCCACCACCACCACAUCUGAGGGUGUUACCUGUGAUACUCCUAUCACCCUACUUUACCGACCUGGCCACUAUGACAUUCUGUACAGCUCGUAA